ACAACAUUUGAAAUGUGGUUUGAUGUGUGCUGUCACUCUCUUUCGCUGUCAGUGUGAUAUGCUUACUGCAUGAGCUAUGUCUAGACUUAAACUCAUCAGCUGUUUUGUAAUUUUUUUUAUGAGUUGUGAUCUUUCUAUUUGCGACGAUAAAGACAAUGUUUUCCAUUCUGACGAUGUUAAUGAGAAGGAAUGUGGAAAAAGUGGGAGCAUUCUUAUUGCUACAAUGGAUGGAAAUCUGACUUCCUUAGAUUUUGACACGGGACAAAAAUGCUGGAGUAUUGUUUUAGAUCCUAAGGAGUUUGUAUCGUCUACUUUGUCUACACUUGAGGUUUGGGAAAAUGGCACUCAAGUCUGGCUGGUUCCUUCACUCGAUGGAUCAAUGUUUAAAUAUGACAAAGUGAAACUUGAACCUCUACCUUUUAACAUCGAAUCACUGUUGAGCCAUGCUGUUAUUAUUGAUCCAACUUCUUCAGUUACGGGUGGAAAAUUUAAGAUAGUAUAUGGUCUUCAUCGCCGGACUGGAGAGAUGUUUUACAAAUGCUCCAUGGAGGGUUGUGAGCAUUUCAAGCCUGUUUCUGGGAAAGAUGCAUUAAUUGUCGAACAGUGGGUACAAAGUGUUAAUGCAGUAGAUACAGUAACUGCAGAACUACAGUGGCAUUUUAGAGUGGUUGAAAUUAAAAUUAGUGUCAUUAAUAACUCAUCAUCUAAUAGAAGUCCCCCACAGCAACCUCAGGAUACGAAAUUUGAGAACACUGCUUUAAUACCUGUAAACAAUUAUGAUCUUAACCCUCUGAACUCUAUAAAAAUUUCGCUUGUUAAUGGAUACACUGCCAGAAUUAAUCAUUCAGCGACGGAUUUCAUGUGGUUAUACAAGACUCCAGCGCCAAUGAUGGAUGUGUGGUUUAUCAAAGAUGGAAAUGUUUUGCUUCUUGAUGUAUUUUCUGAUAACUUAGAGUUUUAUAGUAUUGAAACUGAUGAUGGUAAACAUAUUGCAUCAUUAUUUCUGGGUUCUUACUUAGAACAGUUAUAUGUUAAACAAUCAAAACUUUUGAAAACCAAGAUAGUGAGAAAUUUUGCUGUGUCUACACAUAUUCCUUACCAAGCAUUCUGUUUACCAUUAACAUCACAAACGAAUCCGAAUCUUCCCUUACCUAUCAAUGAUACAAAUGCUUUGGUGUCGUCAAAUCUAAAUAUCAAAGAUCAUGGAUUUUAUUAUUAUGUUGAUUUCUUUGUGUAUGAUAAUGAUACACAUUGUGUGGUAAACUUCACAUUUCCAAAGCGUGCUGCUUAUAUAUUUGACUGGAUUUUCUGGUUGAAACUAUUGGGUUUUAUAAUGGCUACUUUGAUAGCAUCCGUUUAUUGUUCCUUGUACUACAUGGUUUAUCAGCAGUCUAAAGAACUGCAAAAAAAAUUUGCCAGUGAAGGAACUUCAACUACAGAAAUGGCACUUGGCAUUAAUGAAACUUCUGAAAGUAAAAGAGAAGCCACUCCUGAAUUCGUUUCUAGAUUUCAUAAGGAUUUCCAGUUGAUUGCUAUUCUGGGGAAAGGUGGUUUUGGUGUUGUGAUGGAAGUAAAGAACAAAAUAGAUGACUGUGAGUAUGCUGUGAAAAGAAUACGUAUCAAGACAGAAAAAUAUAAAGAGUUAGGUUAUGGACCUGUUAUGCGUGAAGUCAAAGCUUUAGCUAAACUUGACCAUCCAGGAAUUGUGAGGUAUUUCAAUUCUUGGAUAGAAAGUCCUCCUAAAGGCUGGCAAGAGAUGAAGGAUAAAGAAUUUGAUAUUGUAGAUGUGACUCAUACAACAGCAGCAAGUGAUGUGUCACUGAGUUUUGAGGCAAAGACGGAAACCAAAAAAAUUGCAACUUUAAGAGCUCCAAGAAAGCGAAAGCAUUCCAAUUCAAAACGUUCGAAAAAGCAAAUUGACUCAAAUUUAAAAAUAUCUGAGAAACUGGGAAUUAAUCCUCUAAAUCCAUUUGGUGACAGUUGGCUUAAUUCCGAUUUUCCAAACAUAAGUUCAAAGGGAAGUGAAUUAGAUAAAAGUUCUAGUUCAGGUAGUUGGUAUGGCGAUAAUGAUCCUGAAAAGAGUUCUUCUACAUUAAAUAAAUCUUCUAAAAAAUCCAUAUCAGAGGUUAGUUUAUAUUACGAUGAUGAUGAAUCAAUUAAUGCUGAUGAUUUUACAAAUGCUGAACAACUCUUUGCUCCAAAAAAGCACAUUCCAAAAAAGAAUGUAAAUAGUUCAAAAACUUACAGUGGUAUUGAAUUUUCGCCAGAUCCUUUGUGUGGAAGUAAAGCUUUGGACAUUAGAAAAAUGUUUAGCAUACCUGAUGAUUCUUUUAUUGAUGAAAAGGCUGCAUUGUUGCACUUGAAGAAAAUAAAUAACGAUCUUUCUUGGAAAAUGAACCCUAUGUUUAUUGAUAAACUGCAGCGCUAUUUAUUUUUUGAUCCAUCGUGCCCUGAUACGGAUCAUUCUGAAUGGAGUGGAUGGACUUGCAUCUUUAAAGACAUUGAAAUAAACGAAGUUGCGUCUAAUCUCUGUCAGCUUAGAAAUUGGAUUAUUUCAGUUUUAUGUGUACUUCGAUUUUCUGAGAGUCAUUAUCACAAUUUGCUUUGCACUAAUUUAUGUAAUAUUCUUUGGGAAGUAAACCUGCUUUUAGACGAUGAUAUUUGUAAAAAAACUUAUUCUGACUUUUCGAAGACGGAAUCAAUACGUAGAAUUGGGGCUUUUUUCAUUCUUAAGAACAUUAACUCUGAGCUUGCUUGGCCUUUGAAGUUUAUUUACCUCAUUAAAUUGCGACAUUAUAUGUUUUGCCGAUCUGUUAUUUUGGCAUAUAAAAUGUGCAAUCAGCCAGGUUGGAACUCUAUCUUUUAUCAAGCUGAUACUAAUAUUUUUAUGAAAAAUUUGAGCCUUUUUCAGAUUUGGAUUUUAUCAGUUUUGUGUAAAAUUAGAUGUGAUAAACUUGUUUAUUUGGACUCCGUGGUAACGAAUUUGAGUUUAAUAUUAUCUGAUGUUAUGCGCCAUUUGGAAAUGAAAUCAAUUCAGCCAGUUCCUGCCGAUGAAUUUUUCAGUGUAUUUGGAAAUUUAUUAAGACAACCAAAAGAUGCAAUUCAGUUGCAAGGAUGUAAAGAUAUCCAGUAUUUAGUCAUGUUCCACAAUGCUCCUUUAUCGGAUUAUAUUAGAGAUCAGAAUUCUGGGGAGGAGGAUGUACCUGGAUUUUUAUACAUACAGAUGCAGCUAUGUCAAAGAGAGAGCCUUAGAACUUGGCUUGAUAAUAAUUGUAUAAGCAGAGAUUAUUCUGAAGUAAUGAAGAUGUUUUGCGAGAUUGUCGAGGCCAUGAAUUAUGUGCAUGCCAAAGGCCUUAUGCAUCGAGAUUUAAAGCCAUCAAACAUUUACUUCUCGUUGGAAGGAUCUAUUAAAAUUGGAGAUUUUGGUCUUGCUACUCAGUUUGAGAUACAAGAAGCUGGAGAUGAUCCUUCCUCGUCUAGUUCUAUAUGGUAUCAUACCCGUGAUUGCGGCACAGAACUUUAUAUGAGUCCAGAACAACGCUCCAAAAAGAAGUAUAAUUACAAAACAGAUAUAUUUCCUCUGGGUAUAAUCUUGUAUGAACUAUUGGUGCCAUUCGAGACUCAGUCCGAGCGAUAUCAGGCUAUAAGGGAUGCACGUGAACACAAAUUUUCCUCAAACUUCGUAACCAGAUACCAAAAUGAGUGCAUGCUUGUGCGAAGAUUAUUGGAUGUUGAGCCUAAACGAAGACCAACUGCCUCUGAAAUAUUACAACAUCCUCUAUGCCAGCCUUACUUAUAAACCAUCCAGAAUUUUCUUCAUUUCUUUGUUAAGCAUUCAUUUCUUUAUUUACUUAUGUGUAUGUGACAUACAUAGAAUAUUUUAAAAUUUGUCUUACCAUUUCAUUGAAAAAGCUCAAGAAUCUUGAACUUUGUGAUCUAUUUUUUGCUCUUAAAAAUAAUAUUUAUAAAAUGAAUAAACUUUUAUAAAUUUCAACUUUUUAUAUAUGUAAUUUUAAGGCAAAGUGCUAGCAUCUGUAAGAGUAUGCUUAAAUUAUUGAUUUUAUGCCUUCAAGUGCUUCUAAAUGUAAUGCAGAAUUACUCUGUUUGUAGCAUUCUCUAUGCCAGUGAAAAUAUAAAGAUUCCUAUAAGGACCGAUUUACAACAUUAAGAGAUAUUAUUUUAUGUGCAGUCGAGUUUUCUUUAGAAUAUAUUAGUUUUAUUUAAAAAAUUUCUAAAAAUUUCAGUACAGUAAAAUGUCUGAAUUCAGGUGAUAGUAAAGCUUAAGUUUCAAAGCUCAAAAUAGUGUUAAAUGAAACUGAAAAAUAUUAAAUAAAGAUCUGCUAGUUAUUUAGUUUUCAAAUUUAUUACUUGUGUAUUUAAAGUAAUGACUGAACCUUUAGUUUCCAUUAAGUUUAAGUUGUAGUCAUUAAAAUUGUUUCAUGCAUUUAUGUACUAAUUCCUGUAAUUAUUAGGUUCCAAAUGUUCAUCGAUACCUGCAUUAAAUGAUCACAGACAUAAUGCUAUUUUUAAUUUAAAUCAAUAGUUUUGGUCUCAUUUUAAGCUGUUGGCUAAUUGAAAUGCUCUGUUUAUUAUAAGUAAAGAAUAGAAAAAUAAAUGUAUAAAGUUACCGGGAAGCUCUAUUUCUACUAGAGAAAGGAAAGAUAAUUAAUGUAAAAUAUUUUUCUAAAUGAAAUUAUUUCUUUAAAUUUUUAUAAGGUAACCUAAAUUUAAGUGAAAAAUUAAUUAUAGGAGUACUUAGUAAUUUUCUAGAUCCCGCUCCUUUUUGAAAUUCGUAGUUAUGAAGACCAUUGAUAUGAUUGUGAGUGCAAUAAUUUUGAAUACUUUCCGUUUUUGUUAUAAGAAUUGGCUUUAAAUCACGUUGACCUAUCUAGUUGUCCCUAUGAUGUCUUAUCCAAAAAUUUAACAUGCAACUAUUUAUAUGCCAUAUUUUAUUUUUAAAAUAUCUAUGGAAGGAAGUUUAACCUGAGGCUGUUAUUUUUCUGAAGAUUGAUGAACUCCAUUUAAAUAUAAUGUUACCUUGCAUUUUAUUUUGGCUGUUUCUCCAAAACUUGAAAUAAUUGCAUUUUAUUUCAUGAUCGAUGACAUUUGAGUUAUUAAAUAAUUACAAGUGAUUUUUAAAUGUAAGAAAUAAUUAUAGAUUAUUUUUCUUAAUCUUAACCAAUGGGGAAAAUAUAUUAAAAUUAAGAUGGAAUGAAUUUUUCAAACAGUUUUUCAUUUUUAAAUAGCAUUGUCAGAAUCCAUAGAAAUAAAACUCGGAAUAAAUCUCAUAGAGUAUUAAAUGAAUGUGUUGAGUAAAUUUAUUUGUUAUAUUUUAAGGAGGGAGGAUACCACUUCUACUAUAGGAACUGAAAAAUGUUUGUAAGUUAAAAAUUAACAAAUUAUAGUAGGUGCUUGUUUCUUAACUCUAAAUAUGUAGUAGUACAAUUAUUUCUAUAAUUAGAUUUAGUUUUAAUUUUGAAAAAUUGUUUCGUAUAAAAUAUAUUUCUACCCUCAUAUUUCAUUUUGACAGUAAGUUCCCGAGGAGCAUUUAAAUUGUCGUGCAAAAAAUUACAUAGUGCAUAAUUUUUGUGCCAUAUAUUGUUUUGUAUUUGUCCAGUUUACUUGUUUUGUAUUGUCUUCUCAGUGAAAGAUACCAAAGUUCUUUUAGUCUUUUGUUUCUUCAUUCUUAGCUGAUAUAUUUUAAAUGCUGUUUUUAAUUUAAUAAAAAUAGACUAAAUUUUGAUGUUUUCAAGAUAGUUUAGAAAUUACUUUUAAGAACUCUUGUCUGUUUCUGAUAUAAUCUGUUCCAAAAUAACUAAGAUUACAUUUACAAACGGAGUUAUUGUUAACUAAUGAGUUUAACUACUCGCCUAUCUUGUUGUCGGAUUACCAAAUAUCAUUGUUGGAAAAUAUAAGCACUGAUGAUACUUGUUUUAGAGUAGUCUAUAUGUGCGUUUCGCUUAAAUAAACUAUUUCUUAUUUAUCGCAAUAGUAAGAUUUGUCUGAAAAUUGAACUACUAUAAAUGAAAUGAGCUUACAAUCUUUUAUAACUAAAAGUGUGUUCUAGUUCAUGUUUUUGCAUUGAAAGCUUGUCUUAUAAUUUGAAUUUCAUGUAUGAAAACGAUAUAUAAUCAUAGUGAGGAUAUUUGUUAAUUUUUAAGAAAACUUAUUAUAUUUAGUUAUUCAUUACAAACUUUUACAACUUUUGAUUCGUUUUUGCGGUUUCUAUUAAAAUAAAAUCGUGUACAUUAUUUUUAAUCUUAAGCGUUUGUCAUAUUUGUGUUUUAUCAACAGAAUCUUUUUAAAAAUUGUUUCAUAAUUCCAUAUGGUAAUUACUGGUCUUUAUAUGAUCAUUCAAGAUUAGCAACCCAUAUAUUUUUUUUAAAUUCAAAGAACAAAUAUUUCCACUUCCCAACUCAUAUUUUUCAAAAUUUUAUAAACGUUGGGAAUUUACUUGGAAAUAUUUCGAAAAUAACUAUAAAAGGUUGUUGGUUUGCCUCCUUUCAUCAAGCAAUUACUUGUUUUAAAUACUUAGUUGAGAAAGAUACAAAAGUAAUUUUCAGAGUUGUUAUUUAUGAAAAUAAAUGCACUUAUAUCUUUAAUUUCUGAAAUCCAUGCCUACAAGCAGUUAACACUUUUGAAUGAAAAAAUUCUAGCUCAUCUUAUAUAUUUGAUAAUCAAAUUAAAGUUGUAAUUUUAAUAUUUAAGUUUUUUAUUAAACUGUUUGUAUUUAACUCGCCUCCGUGAUGUAGGUAUUUAUGUGAGCAAAUUUUUCUUUUAAAUUUUGAUAUUCUAAGUUUUUAUCUUGACGUUUUUAAACUGUGAUAUAUUAAAAGUUACUUCAUGAGAAUAUAAUAAUGCUUAUAUACUUCCAUUCUUUAGGAAAUAGAAUUGUCCUGCUUUCAUAGUUUUUGCAUACUUUGGUGAUAAAUGUAAUUUUUAAGAAGUAAAAUUUUCCGAUUAUUUACACCUAAGAAAACAAUUUAGUUUUUUCUGAUAUGCGUUGUUACAUACUUUUCAAGACUUUUAUCAAGCAAUUACAGUUGGAAAUGCUAAUCGCAUUAGUUACUAAUGAUUUGAAGUAAUUUGUUUCAAAGUAAUAAUUUUAUAAUGCAUACUCCUACAGGCUCAGCAAAUGUGAGAAUCUUGCGAAAUUAUAUCAGUUAUUCAAAGAAAAUAUUUAUAUCCUAUGUAAAGUUCGAAAGUUUUUAGAUAAUCCAUGGAUAUUGAUCUUGUUUUUUAAGAUUAGCAAGACUGGAAAAAUUACUUGUUAAUUGUAAAAAAGAAGUGUAUUAAAUCUACUACUGACAUAAUUACUCGAAUUUUUUUUAUUUAGCCGAAUUAGAAUAUUCAAAAUUGGGUUCGUAAUUAUCCUAGCUUUCAGAAAGAGAUAUGGUUUUACAUUCAUAAAAUAUGAAUUAUAUUCUCCGAAAGACUUUAAUUUCAUUCAUAUCUAACUAUAUUUUUAAUUAUUUUACCAUUGACAUCCCAUUAUAUAUAUAUAACAUUCCUCAUGAAUGAAAAGAAAACUGACAUUCCUUAUUUUCCCAUUUUCAAGUAUGUAUACAUAUAUAAUUCUGCCUAGAGAAUUAAAAAAAAAUCGUGUUUAUUUUAUGGAGAUUGUGUCACUAACUUGUAUAAAAUUCAUUCCAUUAAACUGCAUUUAUCAAAUAAAAAUGUUAUGAGUCCUAAAUAAUUUUUAUA